CGUUGCGUAUAUUGAACAUAAUGAGCUUUAUAAUAUCUAUCAGAAGCUACUACCGGUACCCAAUCAACAUGGCGCUACUCCUCGCCUUCCUUGCCGCCGUCAUAGCUUUGGCUUCUGCGCAAAGCAAUAUGGACUACAAGCACGGCCCGUCCAUUGUUCGCUUCCUUGGCAAGUCUCCCAACUUCCAAGUUUACCCCAACGUCAGCCUACCAAGCUAUCUUCAACUGCGUUUCUCGAAAUUUGAAGAGCGGGACCCUUCUGGGCAGAAGGUGCAAGGGCACAGUAUCACUAGCCUGGCGUCGGCAGACCCAGUAUGGACCUCUGGCAACAUCACCCUGUCUGACGGCACCAACGUCUCCUAUGUUACCAUGACCUUGGACCCAACUACCCGCAACGGAUUCCAGCUCUCCUGCCCAACCACCGGCAACGGUAACGGCAACGGUAACGGCAAUGGGAACGGCAACAACGGCGGUCGUCGCUUGCUUCAGGACUCCGCAUCGCUCUCAGCGGCGUCCCCUCGCCGGCGCCUGCUUGCAACAUCCGGCCAGCCCCUGGUCAACGUGACCCUCUUCUUUGGAUUCGACAAGGAUACGACGUUUCCUUACGGCUUCAACAAGACGAUUUCCGUAUCCAAGGGCGGCCUUAAGUUCAACGUGCAGUACUCGAACUGGCCCUUUUGCGCUGACAACAAUACGCUGGGGAUGGAGAUCGACCUGCUACUCAAGGGGGAUGCGGCAGCACAAGCCAACGUGUCGACAGCCGCUGAUGGCACAAAGACGCUCUCCAUCUCUCUGGGCCACAACACCGCCUCCAACAUCACCUUUGCCAACUACGCUUACGAGGCGGCUGACGGCAACCGCACCCUGCCCGUCUCGGUCAGUCUGAGCGCCUCGAACAGCAGCGGCAGCAGCACUGUCACGCUGAAGCUGCCCAACCCAACUCCCAACACCAGCGUGUACUAUGAUCCCACGGUCACCACAGGGGCGGACACCACGCCGUCCUCGUACGGCGGGGUGGGGUUGCGGUCGAGUGUGUGGGUGGCUGCGUUGACGGCGCUGCUGAGUGCCCUGAUGAUGCGGUUCUAGUGUUUUAGGGUGUUGGAUUUAAGGGUGUAAGGAAGAGUAAGUAGGGUAAGGAUUGGCGGUGGGUUGGGUAAGGAUGCGUGAAGCGUGCGGGUGCGAAGAGGGGAUCUGCGGAAACGCAGAGCCUAGCUGUUACGACGGCGGUGGAUGAUCGGUGCACAGGUAGACGUACUGGUAAUUUGCUAAUUUGCCGUGUUUGAAUAAAGCGUGCGGCGCGAUCUGGGUUGGAGUAUAUAGGGUUAAAUGUAUUCUUAAUAUGAUGGUCUAAAUGGAAAUAGACGACUAGUAGCAGCAUGUUGGCAGCUUGCGUUACUCGGCAGGUUUAGCGUGCGUGAGGCGUUAUAUAGUGCUGUCAGCGUUUGCAACAUUAACGUUUCUUCUUUAGUCGGCUUAAUCAUUGUGGCUGGAUAAUGCGCUGCGACCUAAAAAUUCAUUGCGCGCUGCCAGAUUGUUUGCAGCCGUCUUCUUUAUGACCAUUUUGCUCUUCCCGUGUGUAUUAAUGACCGGGUCUUCAUUAUUUCCCCCUCGUCCGUCCCAUGGGGCCACACAUUAUUCAUCCUCCGGGGUAAAAGUACAUAUCUUCGUGCGCGUGGCUAGGCAAGGGCUAUAAAUGCUUAUGUAAAGGUUUGAUAGCAGCGGGAGACAUAUGGUAGUGGCAUGAGAGGUCUCACUUAGUGUGAACUGCGUACGUGUGUGCCGUUUCCACUUGCUGUCUGUAACAUCCAUCGUGAUUA